AUGGAAACUACUCACAUCGAAAAACCAGUAACAUCUCAUUUUGAAUUCACGUAUACUACCAACUCCAUCCAGUUGGCUCUGUCAAGACCAUUAUCGUGGAGAGAGGAGUCGUCCGAAACUUACAUCUGUCGUCUGUGCAAGAAGACGUUCUACAACGCAAACGCGCUGCAGAAUCACAGGAAUUUGCAACACGACGCUGAUGGCUCCAGCAGCGAAGCUGACCAAAACUUGGCCACUGUUCAGGGAAAUAACCAGAUUGUCGAAGGCUUAUGCGGUUUUAAAUUUAUACCACGCAAAGGGGAGACCACGAACACCUCUGUUCAGAUCGAUGGUCUGGUGAAGUGCGUAUUCCACGAAGACACAAGCUACCUAAUUGUGAAGGUUGAGGGUGACGAUUUGGACCCGAACGCAAUAAAGAGAUCCCGCCUUGCGGGAAUACUUCGUCGGAAUCAAAUUAAGCAGGGGAAACAGCCGGUCGAUUUGAGGGGCCCGUUCACGUGCACGCUGCCAUCCACGCUGCGGCCGGAACUGCAGUGCCGGCAGAUAUUCUUCAACUGCUGCGAGUACUCGCUGCACUACCGCGAGGAGCACACGAAGAGGCGCAAGGCGGCGCUGCGCUGCCAGGUGUGCGAGAGGCGGCUCGACCGCGAGCCGUACGGGGGCCCGCCGGCGCCGCAGCGGAGCCCCUGCCGGCCCACGUUCCCCUGCCGCACCUGCGGCCAACCCUUCCCCAGCAGGGAGGCGUGCGAGGAGCACGGCCGCGCCACCCACGCCAAGACCAAGCCCCACCAGUGCACCGUCUGCGCGAAACGCUUCACCCAACAGGGGGGGCUGCAGCAGCACAUGCGCAUGCACACCGGCGUGCGCCCCUUCGCGUGCACCUACUGCCCGAAGGCGUUCACGCAGAAGGCGGGCCUCGACCAGCACCUGCGCACCCACACCAAGGUGAAGCCGUUCAAGUGCGUGAUCUGCGGCAAGUGCUUCUCGCAGUCGGUCCACCUGCGGCAGCACAUGCGCACCCACACGAACAUCCAACCGUUCGAGUGCAGCGUGUGCGGCAGGCGGUUCAAGCAGAGCAGCCAUCUGAACUUCCACAUGCGCUCGCACGCGGCGGAGGCGCCCUUCGACGUGGAGAGGUACGCGCAGGCGGUGACGCGGCCGGGCCGGAUCGACUUCCUCAACCUGGCGAGCCUGCAGCCGGUGAGGGACGGCGAGACGGUCUACUACGCGGCCGAGCUCGCCGACCCGACAGUUCAACACGCCCCCUACCCGUAUCAAGCACAAAUUGGCAUGCCCGACGAUGUCCUC